AUGGAAAGUCAGGAUAGUGAUAAUCCUAAGAGAAGAGCACAAGUAAAACGUGAAGCUCUUUCGUCUUAUUUGAAGCUCACUUCAUCAAACUUUCCUGCUGAACUGAUCCACGGGUCAAAAUGGCUGGAGUCUGAUCGCAAGAAAUUGCGGUGGGAUCAAGGUUCAGAUGAGAGAAAGUUGGAAAUUUUUGAAAAGCUCGAAGAAAGAAGCAAGGGACAUAAUGAAAAAGAUGCCCAUGCCUCGGAAAGAAAAGGUGAAAGUGAUGAUGAGGGGUUAGCAGAAGGAGAGGCUGAAGAAGAAAGCAGUGAAGAUGAUUAUAAUCAGAACGUAGACUUUGAUGAUGAUGAAGACGAUCUGAAUAUGGAGGAAGAAGCUGAUGAAGAUUUCUAUGAAUAGAAGGCUGCUGCUCCC